AACACAAAACGUCCCAAACGCGGAGAGUUUGGCGAAGGCCCUUGACAGCCAGCACAACACUCCACUUCAGCCCGUGCGGUAGUAGCUGUUCAGGCGCUGCACCUCGGGCACCGCAAUAGUCGCCGGUGUGGACGACACCACUCACAGACGCCUCACCACAUUGUAGUCCAAACCGUCGGCGGGAAUUGCAAGAGUGAACAUCCCGACGAUGUCGAGCACCGUGCAUCCCACCGUUUUGCUGCUGGUGCUGCUGGCGGCGGCGGCCUCGGCAGCCCGCCACGAGUGUGGUCCCUGCGACUUGGACCGGUGCGAGCCCCCUCGGGGCCAGUGCCUGUCCGGCAUUGUGAAGGACGCGUGCGGCUGCUGCAUGGUGUGCGGCCAGCGUGAGGGCCAGCGCUGCUACCACCGCUCGGUGAAGGGCUCCCUGGCCGACGGACCCUGCGGCGAGGACCUCGAGUGCCGUCCACGACGCGACCUGGCGCCCGGAGACCCCGCCGAAGCCCUGUGCGUCUGCUCGCGGCCGGAGCCCGUGUGCGGCUCGGACGGUGUCACCUACGACAACGUGUGCCAGCUGACCGAGCAGCGGUACAAGAUGAGGAACGGUCUGGAGGCCGCUUCCAGGGGACCGUGCUAUACCGCGCCCCGAGUGGUGACCCCUCCCGAGAACACUCGUAACCGGACGGGCGGCCGUGCUGCCAUGACGUGCGAGGUGACUGGCUACCCUGUGCCCACUGUCGAGUGGCGCGUAGAUCGUGGAGAAGGACCGCUCAAGGGACUGCCAACGGACAGCUCUCGCAUCAGCGUUCAGAGCCGCGGCGGACCGGACAGCUUUGAGGUGACCAGCUGGCUGCAGCUGCUCGACCUGCGUCCCGAGGACACGGCCACCUACUGGUGCGUGGGUUCCAACGAGAACGGAGAGACGUCGGCCGCCGCCAAGCUCAACGUGCUGCCUUAGUUGUUGACUAUACACUUUUCUUUGUUAUACACUCGUACGCUUGUUUUCUUCUUUCAUUAUUUGUUUUGUUUCGUCCAUUUGCAAGUCUCACUUCUUGAGAGAUGUCUUACAAGUGAUUUAGUGUUUGUAUACUUAAAAGACCAAAGCUGCUUGUCCUUAAUUGUCCUGACACGUCAUUUCGUGUUCUAAGAGCUCGUGUGCACUCGUGUAACAAGCGAGGGAUAAAAUUUCUUGAAAAGUUAGACGAAGUUCUUUUUGUAGUCCUCCGUGACAGAGGCCUCCUUGUCCAGGAUGUCACGUGGCAAGGCAGCGAGCAUCGCCUGGUCCACCAGUCGUGGCUGCUCAUCAAAGCACAGUGCUUCAUACUCACUAAUUCAAGAAGAAAUAGUAAAGAAAGCCUACGCGGAUAACUCUGCAUAUGGUUAUCAUUAGACGUGACGAGGUGGCGCGACGAGUUAUCACAGAUUUCACGUGUGGCUGAUUAGUACCGAAAGAAUUUCCGCAUUCACAAUAAGAAAAAAACAUACUGACGUUUAUAACUAGUGUUGUUGUGGAAGGUGUACACAGACCUGAAACGUUUAGGGCAUUAACGCGCUCACGGUAAACAGCGUUGCUCGCUACUUACGACCUGCAAUAAAGAUUACUUCUAGCUGAAACUGUGGAAAACGCAGACUGAAGGGAGACAGCCAUGGAGAGAACAAAAUUGACAUUCUUGACGACCGCGUACAACGUCCGGCAUACUCUGUCAUCUUACGUAACGAUGCCUUCUGCUCCAUAUUGCAUUUAUACCAGCACCAGUGACGACACAUGAACGCUCAAGCUGAGAUUCUAGUCGCGUGUCAGUUCACAUUACUCACUGCCAGCACGCUUCGCCACGCCUGCAGGAUGCAUGGGGGCACGAUGCGCUUUUUGACGCGCACAGACUCUUUCUCGCAAUGCCACGCAUAUCAUCCUUUGUUUUUUUAAAUAUAUAGUGCUGGAACAUUCUACCAAUCUGUUAUUUCUUUUAACUGUUACUGUUUGCUGGCAUGAGAGCCAGAAUUUUUUUUUUUCUCCUUCUUGUGAAGAAUGGCAUUCGCUUGUGCGGUGUAUUCUCCCUGUCUAAAUAGCGAAGCAAUAAAGACCUUUACAAAAGUUG